CUUAACUACCUGAAACACCAACAGACUAAAGGCACUUUAACAUUUUUACCUUUCUUUCCUUCGUUCGCUACUCUCCUUUUUAUCAUGUCUAGUAGCAGCAAAAAACCAUCACAAAAAGAUCAAAGUACGACCACAGAUGGUGAAUCACAGUCGUUAUUAUGGUCUGCCGCAUCAUCAAUGAACCAAACCGAUUAUUACUAUGACUCGUCCUCGACGAGCAGCAGCGACGGCGCGUCAACAAUGAGUUAUGCUACAUUCCACACUGUCAAGGAACCGGAGCAGCACUUGAUCGACAGUAGUCAUCACAAUACCAACAAUAGCGGGGAAGAAGAUGAUGAUGAUGACAGUGUGUUUUUAUCUUCUUCUUCUUCGGAGCACAAUCACAGUAGCACUAUUCAACCGCACGAGGAACGUGACAGAAAACAUAUCCAUUUGGGAACACUUGUCUUGUGUCUUUGUAUAAGUGUCGGCAUGUUGGGUCUGGACACAGGGAUUGUAUUAUUGCUACUCAACAUUAUAAGUACAGAGUUCCAAAGCCCUCAUCUCGCUGUCUGGAUCCAUCUACCCUAUCUUUUCGGCUGCUUACUCGUUCAGCCGCUAUGCAGGAAUCUCGCAGACGCGAUUGGACGCAAAGCCCUCUUGGUCAUUGGACAAUGCUUAUUCCUGAUCGGAUCCUUAUCCUGCAGCGCAACGCAAAACAUGUUACAAAUGAUCGCAGCUAGAGCGGUGGCUGGUCUUGGUGGCGGAAUUCUACUUUCAUUAUCGUCGAUUGUUGUUUUGGAUUGUUUAGUACAAAAGUAUCAUCAUCAUCAUCGCCGUCGUCAUCAUCAUCCUUAUGAUAGUACGAUCAGUAGUAGUGCCGCGACACUUUAUGAACGUUAUGACGUAUACAUUCAAACUGCACCAGCACUUGGAUUGGCCUUAGGACCCUAUGUAGCAGGACUCAUCAUGGACUUGUUUGGUGUCUCUUGGCAUUACUGUUUCUACGUCAACUUGGUUCCAUGCUUGAUCACUUUGUGCUUGUACUUGUUUUGGCUUCCAAAUUACACCACACCCCAUUACCAUAUAAAACCAUCUACAGCAAUCAUUGCCAACAGCAACAAGACGACGACGACGACAGCCACCGAUUAUUUCGGUGCCUUCUUGUUCGUUGUCGCGAGUAUCUCAUUGAUCACCGGUGUUGCACUCGGUGGAAACUACAAUGACUGGAAUGAUCCAGUGAGCAUUGCAUUGUUUUCGGUCGGCGGUAGUGUGGCAGUUGUGUUUCUGUUGUACGAGGCACUGUGGGCUGGUGCAAUAGCCAUCAUGCCUGGACGUGUCCUUUUACGCAAUUCUGCAGCCAUAAUGAUUCAGUUUUGCGCAUGGUCGGGGUUCACGAUGAUGCUGUAUUUACUGCCUCAGUUUUUCAUGGGAGUGAAGCAGCACAAUGCACCUUUGGCAGGUCUAUGGGUCCUACCGCAUUCAGCGGCGUUUAUGAUUGCCACCUUAUUGAGCGGAUGCUGCUGCUACUGUGUCACAUUGUCAGGAACAACAGCGAUAACGCGUCAUGGCAGCAGCAACAACAACAAUAACAGUAACAAGAAAAUGGGGAUGCUGUUUUUGGUGACGAUCAUGGCCAUGCUUCAAACCGGUAUGGUCCAAACCAUGGCAUGGUGGUGGAAACAAGACACCCCACAACUGGGUUUGGUCUCAACACAAGCAGCUUAUGGGUUCGCAUCGGGAGUGUUGGUGACAGUAGCAAGCAGUAAUUUAUUACUAGCACCACCAACAAGAACGAGUCAGACCCACAAAACUAAUGUAUUACAAAGACAGCAACAACGAAGAGAUCUGCCUUUGACUAUAUCGACAUUGUACAUUAUUCGAACACUCGGCGAACUUGCGGGUGUGGCUGCCGGGUAUGCAAUUUUACAAUGUAAUUUGAAAUCCAUAUUAGCGCAAGCUGUUGCAGAACCUGAGAUCUUUGAGCUUGUCAUUACUCCCACGCUGCUCCCGCCAGCGAUACAAUCACUAGUACAACAAGCCAUGCUAUUAUCGAUCCAACGUUGUUUCCUUUACUAUGGCACAGCAUGUGCUGCCCUGUGUCUAGCAGUCGGCGUGUUUUGUAUGAUAAGGAAUGGUGUUGCUAUCAUGAGUAGUAGCAGCAGUGGCAGUGGCAGAAAGCCGUGAUGGUUUUUUUCUAGAAUGUAUUAUAGUAUGGAGUCGCUUCUUUUUGUGUGGGGGGAUAUAUUUCUACAUUCCAAUUUUCUGGGAGUGUUCAUCCAAACAAACGUCUGUGUGCAUAUAAAUUAAAACGAAUAUUCCCCAUCAGAG